CCGCACUGUUGAGUGCCAGCUCAGCCACGGUCGAGAACAGGAAAGCAGGUUGCACGAGGGGACACUGUAGUACAAAUAAGAGGGUGCUUUUCGCAUUGCCCCUGCGCCCACUGCUUUGCGUUUAGCUUAUACAAUUCCAUCUACAGCUUCACCUUUGAGAACACACUACAUACCAUGGGUGAACGGGGCCCUACGACGGGCGUUGACUCGCCUACUUGCUCCAUUGAGGAGUUCACGAGUACCUCGUUCGACUAUAUUAUUUGUGGUGGAGGAACUGCAGGCUGUGUUAUCGCUGCGCGACUCAGUGAAAAUCCCGAUGUAACAGUUGGCGUCGUCGAAGCUGGAAAGUAUCGCAUCGGCGAUCCUCUGGUCGAUACGCCUGCGGCAUUUUUCCAGAUGUUUGAGGAUCCUGAGUAUGAUUGGUGCUUGUAUAGCGCGCCGCAGAAAGAGAAUCGAGGACGCAUUCACCAUAUUCCCCGCGGUAAGCUGCUAGGUGGCUCCAGUGGUAUCAACUACAUGAUGUAUGUCCGGGGAUCUCGACAAGACUACGACGAUUGGGCGGAGCUGGUCGAGGAUGAGAGCUGGUCUGCCGAUACCAUGCAGCAAUAUAUGCGCAAGCAUCAGACUCUCGAGCCAUACGACGAAGCGAUCACGGACCGCUCGACUAUGCCGUUUGUCGGCGAAUUCCAUGGUACAAGCGGGCCAGUUCGAACGAGCUUCAACGACUCGAUUCUCCCCAUCGAGAACGACGUCAUUAAGGCUUGCGACGAAGUCACCGGGUUUACCAAGAAGCCCACUGAUCCCUGGAGCGGCGACCACAUCGGUUUCUACCACACUCUAGGCGCCAUCAUCCGGACGGGCCCCAACAAGGGCAAGCGUAGCUAUGCAGCUCGCGGAUACUACGAAGCGAACAAAGCUAGGCCUAAUCUGAAAGUUCUCUGCUCAACGCUUGUCAACAAGGUCGUUCUCGACGGCAACAAAGCCACUGGAGUAAGCAUCUCGCACGAUGGAAAGGACUUUGAAGUCGCCGCCAAGCGCGAAGUCAUCGUCUGUGGCGGAGCUCUCAAGUCCCCCCAAAUCCUCGAGCUCUCGGGCAUCGGAGACCCCGAAGUACUCAAAGCCGCAGGCGUGGAAUGCAAGGUUGCCAAUCCUGCCGUUGGUGCCAACUUUCAGGAUCACAACAUUACCCUUGCCGUGUACGAGACGCAGCCCGGCACCGUCACGUUGGAUACAUUCUAUCAGAACCCGGAAGUCAUGGAGAAUGCACAGAAGCAGUAUGCCGAAACGAGUAGCGGCCCGUUAAGCUGCACAUCCACGAUGCAGGGUUUCUUCCCCGCUAAAUCGGUCAUGUCCGAAGCCGAGAUCGAGGCUGUGGUUCAGAGUAUUCGGGAUAUUAAGCCGACGAGCAAAUUCCACGAGCGACAGCUCAAGCAGAUUAUCAGUCAUAUAGAGAGUGACGUGUCUGCGAAUAUUCAAAUCGUCUUGAUUCCAGCGACUGCGAAUUUGGAUGGAGUUGAGCACCAGAGAUACAUUUUCCCGCCUGCAUCGCCGGACAAACCCGCCGGUCUUACUUUUGCGAUUUGUUUGCAGUACCCAGUAGCCCGGGGUUAUGUUCAUAUCGACAGUGCCGGUAUGUUCCCUUGUCUGCAUAGCGCUUGGAGCUCGUCAAAAAGCAGUAUCCCGCAACUGACCUUACCCAUAGACCCGACCAAGCCCCCAGUCGUUCAGCCGAACUAUGCAGGCCACGAUGCAGAUGUUACCAUCCUAGGCGCAGGCCUCCGCUGGGUCGAUAAAGUUCGCCAAUCUGCACAUCUCAAAUCCUCUUUCGCCGGUCGGACGUUCCCCGAACCGAGCGUGGAUCUGACUGACAUAGCCGCGGCCAAAGAAGCAGUACACGACGUUGUGGCAGGCGAGUACCACGUGUGCGGGUCCGUCGCAAUGGGUGAUGCGCUGGACUCUCGACUGCGUGUCAAGGGUGUUCAGGGCCUACGUGUUGCAGACGCAUCUGUCUUCCCCAACAACGUUAGUGGGAACAUCGUGAGCAGUGUGUAUGCGGUCGCCGAGAAAGCAUCGGACAUGAUCAGAGCCGAUUGGGACUUUGCCCCACUCAAAGACACGAUGGUUUGACUUGAAAAAUGCUUGUCUGUCAUGCUGUCCAGUUUCGAUAGUCGAGCUGCCUUUUCAGGAGACAAGACUCGUUACGAGCCGUACAGUGUGGGUUAGCGACGGUGGAGUGGGGAGAUCGCGGCCGGAAGCGAAGAGAAAUGAUGUGUAUUGCGUGCCCAUUUCGCUGCUUAGCGGAGCUCUUAGUAUUUCAAUUUGAAUAUCUCAUGAGUGAGAACUUUGUCCAUGGGUGCGACCUCUCUCGGUGGCUCGCUAU